AUGUCACCCGUCAUUAGGAGGGGCAGAGUUGUGUUCCCAAAUACCAAAGAUAAAGAUACCACGAAGAUGAAAGCUUGGGAUAAUAGUCAAAGGAGCAAUCCAAGUCCACCCACGACUCGCAAGGACGAAGAAGAUGAAGGUAAUCUUACAAUAACCGAAAAAAGAGAUACGCCAAUGCUCAUUCGAGGGGUCGUUCUCGGUGCAAGCGACAAAGAAAUCGUACCAUCUGUCUUGCCCCCCAACACCAGAGAAACAGAGAGAAAAUCUGAAGGCGACAGUCAAGCAAUAAAUCCCAGUUCUCCUGCUACUCUGGACAAAACGAGUCCCCAGAAACGAGAUCUCAUGAACACCCCUCUAAAUAUGCCAAGACCUCCGGAUGGUUUCCUGAGUGCGUUGCUAGGAGAGCUUUCCAACGUGGUUGGUGAUCCUUUAGUUGUAGUUAAUUCGCAUACGGCAUUUGACGAUGCGAUACAAAAACGAGAAAAUUACCGAUACGCUCAAUGUUUGGCAUGGACUUUCUGGGAUGGUGGAAACUGUUGUGGAUAG